AUGCCUUUGUCGAUAGUUGAAAAUGAUAGCUUUCGACAUUUGUUGAGUGUUCUUGACAACAAAUAUCAACCAGUAAGCAGAGGGACGGUAUCAUCCCGUAUGGUGCAAAAACAACGAGAGUUCAUUAAAAAUCAACUUGAACAAAAAUCCUGGGUUUUUACAACUGUAGACAUAUGGUCUGACAGAAAAAUGAGAGGUUACCUAGGUGUGACCGCCCAUGCAAUUGAAGUUGAAAAGCCCAACAUCAACCUGAAAUCUUAUCUAUUAAGCUGUAACAGAUUUACUGGUUCCCACACAGGAGAGAAGAUCAGCACUGCCUUUGAAGCUAUCUGUGAUGAAUAUGCUAUAAAGAACAAAAUUGACUACAUACUUAGUGAUAAUGCUUCUAAUAUGAAGAGAGCAUUUACUGUGUGCUUCCCUGGAAAUGAUACUGAUGAUGAUGGCCCUGAAGAUAGUGAUGAUGGUGAUAAUGAUGACCUUGAUGAUGGCAGUUUGUGGGAAGAGCUUGAUGAAGAUGUUCAACAAGAUAUAGAUCUGGCUUUGACCAGGAACUGUCAAAAGCAACACCUACAAUGUUUUUAUACACACGCUUCAACUGGUGGUGUCUGA